ACCACGACAUUUGGCGCCCACCGUGGGGCUUGCAGUGGCUCCGGCCGGAGUUCGUCUGGACGGGACCCUUCCUCAACAUCGUCACCGCCGCGGCCUUCAUCGCCGCCGGCUUCGCCGCCCUCUUUGGGCUCGGCUUCACAGUUAUACCACUCGCCUUCAUCCCUCACCUUCAUCGCCGCCGACUUCGCCGCCCUCUUUCACCUCGGCUUCACAGUUAUACCACUCGCCUUCAUCCCUCGCCUUCAUCGCCCUUCACCGCUCCAUCUUCACCUGCGCCGCGGUCCUCGCCGCCGUGAGCUCCUUCACCGCCGGCCGCGUCCUCUUCAUCUUCUCCAGCACCGAAGGCUUGGCCCCGGGGAACCGCCGCAUGCCCGGCUGGCUGCAGCCGCAACCGCCGCGUCAUCUUCUUCACCAGCACCUGGGUCCCCAACAGCGCCUGGGGGCUUGGCCUCGCCCGCAUGCGGUAGCAGCAGAAGCUGCGCAGCGCGCUGCAAGCCAGGUAGCCGCAAGCGGCCACGAGCAGCAGCAGCGGCCCCGUACGCGCACCUCCACCACCCUCGUCUCUGCGCGCAUGCAGCAGCAGCAGCUCCACCAAGUCUCGCGCGCGGCGCCUGCGAGAAAAGCAGCACCGCACCAGCCUGCAACGUGCAUUUGCGAGCAGCAGCAGCUAACAGCGCCUUCGUCCGCCUGCGCAUGCGACCGCAUCAGCGCCCAGGCGCUGGUCAUCCGUGCGAGCAGCAACGGCGAGCACAACACGCACCGGCAAUAGUGCCCCUGCUUCUCGCCGUCCCGCGCCGCGUACCCCGUCGACCCGCGCGUGCAGCAAGCGCGUCGAGCAGCGGCGCAUCGGCUAGCGACGCCGCGACGCUCCUGGGCGGCCAGGACCUCCACCGUCCACCUCGCCGGUUUCGCCCACGUCAUCUUCCUCGUCGGCGCGCCCGGCGCGUCCGCAAACCGAGCGGCAGCAUCUGCGCAUGCGCGCGCGCCAGCAGCCAUGCGCGCGGCAGCAACUACCAAGUACUAUUCAAGCUCGUAAGCAGCAAAGCAACAGCGGCGCGCAUGCGCGCAUACGCGUUUAACAGCAGCGCCAUGGGCAAUCAGCAUGCAGGCGCAUCAGCUCAUACAGCACCAACAGGCUACCAAACAGCAAAAUUGCUAGCGGCCAAGUGCAUGCGCGCGUUGGCAAAUCGGAUGCACCAACAGCUAGCUGCGGGAGCAAGCUCCGGCCGCGUCCGCGCUGGUGCGCACCUGCCGGCUUCGCCUCCGACCGCGUUAAGCUCCGGCUGCUCGUACCUGCAACCGCGGCGCUGUCCGGCUUGCCUACUCCGUCGCCUCCGGGUUCAACCUGCACGGUACGUGCGACCUGCAGCACGACCGCCCGUGCCUCGCAGCUCCGGUUACCUAUGCCUGGUCCGGCUCCGGCUCGCCAUUUCCUCCGGCUGCUACGCACCCGCGCCCGUCCGGCUUCGCUGCAGCCAUGUCCGGCUUCGCCCGCGCCCAGCGCGCCCUCCAGUUGCGUCCCGCCACGGAAAACACCGGUUGCUGCACGCAGCGCCCCGGCCGGCUUCGCCCGAGCCCAGCGCGCCCUCGUGUUGCGUCCCGCCAUGGCCACCUCCGGCUGCCAUAGCCUCCGCCGGCUCCACGUCGACACCGUCCGGCUCCGUCUGCGGCGCGCCUGGUCCGCCCACAGCUGCGACCACCGCGUCCUGCACGCCCUGCCGGCUCGCGUCAUGGCCGGCUCUCCCCCUGCGUAACAUCGUCCGGCUGAGCCCCGUGCACGCUGUGGCCGGCUCCCCCGACCACGUACGUGCCACACCUCAGGCUGCUGCGCCCGUGCACAUCGCCGCCGGCUACCGCCCUGCCGGCUCCGCAACGCGCCCUCACCGGCUUCGUCUCGUGCGCAUCGCCCGCCGGCUGCUGCUCCUGCGGUCUCGCCUCCAGCUUCCGCCGCGCACCAGCUGCAACCAUGCGCCCGGCUGCCGGCCACGCGCACGUCCGCGUCAACCUGCCUCAGCAGCUCCGGCUGUGCCCCCGCCACGGCCAUCUCCGCCUUCCAGCUGCGCCACGGCCUCCUGCGGCUUACGCCCGCCACGGCCUCCUCCGGCUCCACGCGCCUCGGCACCAACGCCCGCCACUCCGGCUGCGCCCUGCGCGCCCUCGGCCGGCUGCGCCGCCAUGUCCAGGCCAGCUGUAGGCUCGCGCCGCGCCAUCGUCCACGUCUUCUACCGAUUGUGGAAAGAGAAAAAUAAAGGGAAAGGGGACCCGGCUGGAGAAAUGGCCGGGUGGAAGAAAAAACGAGAUAGAAAAAGAAGAAAAGCCCAAGUCUGCUGA